AUGGGAUGCGAGACGCCUUUUGUUCCAGUGAUUUGCCAUGGAUCAUUGUAUUACAGUUGCAGUAGAACUGUGGAAAUCUAUACGAUGACUGUUUUUUCCAUACUUGACGACGUCCUACGUGGACAUCGUUUUAACGUGGGUGUCGACAUUGGUCAUCUAAUACCGCAUGGUAGUGGUGUGAAAAUGAUUGCUAACAUCAAUGGACGAGUGGUCGAGAUACCUAUGAAACGAACAGGUGCUGCAUCGCAUGGUGGAAUAUUCAUUGCACAUGAAAUUGGACAAUCUACUCUUAAGGUACUGUUUGAUGGCGCCUUAGUGAAAGAAGCUAAGAUCAAUGUCCGAGAAGGUUGCGAUGCGUCGAAAUGUAAGGCCACUGGUGAAGGAUUGAGGAGCGCCAUUGUCGGAAAACCCGCGAGAUUUGACAUCGAUGCACAGGUAUGUAAAUGUCAUAAGUAAAU